UUUCAGUGCUGUUUCCAGAAACCAGUUUUCUACUCCAGCCUGACAAAAUCAUCGUUGUGGCUCACUAAGGCAUCAAACUGGCGGACCAGCUGGACCGCGGGACGUCCUCGUCACCCGACAACUCCCGCAUGGCAGUUUGUCGGGUGCCGACCCCUCCACCACCAGAAGUGUCAUGUCCUGUUGCAGAAAACUGGUGCUACACACAAGUAAAAGUGAUCAAAUUUUCCUACAUAUGGACCAUCAACAACUUUAGCUUUUGUAGAGAGGAAAUGGGAGAGGUCCUGAAAAGUUCAACCUUCUCAGCUGGGGCCAAUGAUAAACUGAAAUGGUGUUUGCGUGUGAAUCCAAAGGGUCUGGAUGAAGAGAGUAAAGAAUACCUCUCCCUUUACUUAUUAUUAGUCUCUUGCAACAAAAGUGAAGUUCGAGCAAAGUUCAAAUUUUCAAUACUGAAUGCAAAAAGGGAAGAAACAAAAGCUAUGGAAAGCCAAAGAGCAUACCGCUUUGUCCAAGGGAAAGAUUGGGGGUUUAAAAAGUUCAUCCGUCGAGAUUUUCUAAUGGAUGAAGCCAAUGGUCUUUUACCGGAUGACAAGUUAACAAUAUUUUGUGAAGUGAGUGUCGUGGGUGACACAGUGAAUGUAUCAGGACAAUCCAACUGUACACCAGUGAAAGUACCAGAAUGUCGACUCAGUGACGACUUAGGGGCAUUGUUUGAAAGGUCAUCAUCAAGUGAUGUCACACUUUGUGUUGCGGGCAGGGAAUUUCUUGCUCACAAAGCAAUACUCGCAGCGAGGUCACCAGUAUUUAGUGCAAUGUUCGAGCAUGAAAUGGAAGAGAGAAAACAGAACCGGGUAGACAUAACUGAUGUGGACCAUGAAGUGAUGAGGGAGAUGCUGAGAUUUAUUUACACAGGCAAAGCUCCGAAUCUGGACAAAAUGGCAGAUGAUCUUCUAGCAGCAGCUGACAAGUAUGCUCUAGAGAGGUUAAAAGUGAUGUGUGAAGAGGCCCUGUGUUCAAACUUAACAAUAGAAAAUGUCUGUGAGAUUCUGGUGUUAGCUGAUCUGCAUAGUGCAGACCAGCUCAAGACACAUGCAAUAGAUUUUGUAAAUAGCCAUGCAACUGAUGUGAUGGAAACUCAAGGAUGGAAAGCCAUGAUCUCAACCCACCCACACUUAAUUGCUGAAGCUUUCCGUGCUCUGGCAAGUCAGCAGAGCCCACCUCUGGGGCCACCUCGCAAACGAGUCAAACAGUCAUAGGGUUUGGAUGGCAGACAUGUUCUCAUGUCCAUUAUCAUUCAGUCUCACUUUCAUUUCAAAUUGUUCAUAUUAUCCACAGUUUCAUUCAUUUCUCAUCCCCUCUUUGUCUGACAGUAUCAUUUUGGAUGUGAGAGAAUUUUGGAGACCAUGCUAAACAGAUAAAAUCCGAUGGUAUCAUUUUGGAUGUUAGAAAACUAAGAGACCAUGCCGAACAGA